AGGCCAUCGUGUGGUGGGAACGGUUCCUCUGCUCCUCGACACCGCCCGCCCGAUGCCCCGGUCAUUUCCUCAUCGCUCAUUGCGAUUCCAACGCCACCCAAUUGUGCCCCUGCUAUCGUCGAAGAAUUGAUCACUACGAGCAUCCGUAGAAGAGGAACCGCGAUCAUGUAGUCUCACUGCAGCGCACUUGUGGAUCGUGGCUCACGGCGGAUCGAGCUCUAUGUUUAGAUUAUAAAAGCACGCUGUCGCAAGGCACACACAGGUUGAUAAUCAGCGCAGAAGCAGAACCAUUUGAUUAAUUUAUUGAGUUUUUAUUUUCCAGCAGUGGCUGGUGAACUUCUUGUUUGUACUGUGGCGCUCAAGUCAAAUGGGAAACUGCAUAAGAAAGAAUGUGAGAAAUAGUGGCAAUGAGGAUGAGGUAGAUUUUCGAGGUGGAAAUGUGCAUGUAAUAACCAGCAAAAGUGAUUGGGAACAGAAGAUUGCAGAAGCAAACAAGGAUGGCAAGAUAGUUGUGGCAAACUUCAGUGCAACUUGGUGCAGUCCAUGCAGGACGGUUGCACCUGUUUACAGGGAGCUAUCUGAAAAGUAUCCUUCACUGAUAUUCUUGACAAUAGAUGUGGAUAAUUUGAUGGAUUUUUGUUGGUCGUGGGACAUCUCAGCAACCCCCACAUUCUUCUUUCUGAAAGAUGGGCAGCAGCUGGAUAAGCUCAUCGGUGCCUAUGGGCCUGAGCUUGAGCAUAAGAUACGCUUGCUGGAUCAAUCAUGCCAAGCUCCAACUGAUGCUACUCUCCCGCUACGAUGAAGAAAGGGAGGGAGGUCAGGAAACGAUAUGGAUGUAGUUGCAUUACCAGUGAGUUAGCAUAGUAAAGCAUGAUCUUAAGUGAGCAAUAUUUUGACAAGGGACAAGAUUUGAAGAGGCCAAGUCAGUGUAGAGCUUGGCGAUCAAUUCCUUCUAAAAGCAAGUUAUCUUUGUGAUGUGGGAUUCCAUGCGGCAAUGUAUUUAGCAGGUUUUGCUUGUCAACAAGUGGAUCAAAGCGUUUAAUAGUGUAAAUAAAUCAUUUGCAACAUGUAUAUAUUGCAACUAGACUCGUAUACGCUGCGAGUAGAAUUGCGAUAUGAAAUAUCUCUCUUUGUUCUCUCGUGCAUUAUAUUAUA